AAGAUCUAGAAAUCAAUACAAACACUAUCAGGCGUUUCAUACUGUUUACAUCAUUCCAAUUCCCAAGCAUCUAGUCUAAAGAACUGAACAGAAAUAUAUUUACUGCAAUCGAUCAAUUAGCAUGAGAAGAAAAAGGCUCAGAUAGACAGAGGCAGACACAAAGUGUACCUGAAUAGAGCAUAGGGUCCCAGAAGAAGAAGAUUCCAUAUAAGCAGCGGCACUGAGCUAGCCAUCUUGCACCAUGCAAAGUGUUUCACUCCAGGGUACCGCAUCUCUAAUUCCACCUGCGCAUAACAAAAACACGUCAGUAUCCACUCAUAUUUUGCCACCUGGCUUGUAGGUGUACAAGUGCACCGUACUUGAUCCUUGAUAGCAUAGUUUGGGCCUCAGGACUAACUACAAAAAUUAUGGGCGUUCUAAUUAGUAAUUACUGCACUUACUAAUCGAUUACUCACCUGGCUUGUCAGCCGCCGACUUCUCGCUAUAAAUUUUUGUACGUGGUACUUUGAUAUCAUAAUGUUUGUUUUUACUUUUUAUCCGUUGUCCAAAACAAAAAAUGUUUGUUUUUAUUUUUGCGCUGUUAAAUAUUUAAAACUAUGAUUCUUCUUUUCUGUGUAUAUAUAUUUUCUGUGCCACGAAAUUUUUUGAGUUGGCAUGGAAGGCCCGGUCGAAUAAUAACGCUUGUUCUUUACACAUACAGUCUUUUCUUUAUCUUUAGUCAAACCUCAAAAACAAACACGUAAGCAUGUCACAUUACUCCUGUCCAGCUAAGAUUAUUCUGGUUUCCAAGUGGUAUUAAUAAACGUAAAAUGUCAAUCUCAUUUAGCUAAGCACGUUUCUAUUCACAUUAAAUAUUUGAUACUGUAUAUAAUAUACUUGAAUAUUGUCAACUUUAUCUGGCACAAUCUUCCCGUAUAUUUUCUGUAGUAAGAUCAUAAUACAAGAUCUUUUAUAAAAAUUCCAACAGAUAAAAGUCUGAUAGCAUAUGUUAUUUUACAUGCCUAUUAUUAACAAAUCGAGAUAAAACCUUAUACUUUUUUCUUUGGUGCCUAAAAGUAGAGUGGAUAUGAAAACAAAACAGAAGAAAACAAAAACACUUUAGAUCUGUCUCUCCCCCACCACCAGUAAGUAUAGCCACUACCUUAUUUUUUGUUGUUGCCUUGUUGUUUCAACAUAUCUGAAAUCUGUUUUUUCACACUUGACAGAAUCUGAAACCAAACAAAAGUAAUCUUCUUUAAUUUCUUCUUCUUUAUGUGUUUAUCGGGGAAUUAACACCUGGCGAUGAUUUACACUUUUACUCCUCUAAAUUACUCAUUUUUUUUUUACUUUAGGAUAGAAAAAUAAUUAACGAGGAUUAUAAAAUUAUUACAAACAAAACUAGAUUCACUACAUAAUUUUUGUUUUCUUGUGUUCAGAUGCGAGCGUGUUGAGGUUUGACGAAGAAAUAUUCCGAAAUAUUUUCAAUAAAUUAAAAAAAAAACAUUAAAUGCAGGAAUGAUCUGCCUAUUUAAGUAGAACCAGUAAAGGCAUAACCUUUCCACCUUCUCCGAUCUAAAAAACAACGAUCUUCAUUACAAACAGAAUCCAAGACAUGGGUAGUUACAGAAUGUGUCUGGUCUUCACGAGGAAGUUCAGAGUCACCGAGCCAGAUCCUGUCGAUGACGUCAGACACGUCUUCCAGAAAUACGCGGAAGGGGAGGCUCACAUGACGCCGGAGCAGCUCCAGAAACUCAUGGCGGAUGAAACAGGAACAGGAGGAGGAGGAGGAUCGAGUCUCGAGGAAGCGGAGAGGAUCGUUGACGAGGUGCUUCGACGUAAGCACCACAUUGCAAAGUUCACCAGACGUAACCUCACCAUCGAGGAUUUCAACUAUCUCCUCUUCUCCACUGAACUCAAUCCUCCCAUCGGCGACAAGGUCCAUCAGAACAUGGAUGCUCCUCUGUCUCAUUACUUUAUAUUCACUGGCCACAACUCCUACUUAACUGGAAACCAGCUCAGUAGCAACUGCAGUGACCUUCCCAUUGCAGAUGCAUUGAGACGAGGUGUGAGGGUGGUUGAGUUGGAUCUAUGGCCACGUGGUAACGAUGAUGUCUGUGUUAAUCAUGGAAGGACCUUGACCAAACCAGUGAAACUAGGGAAAUGUUUGGAAUCUAUUAAAGCUAAUGCAUUUGCUACUUCAAAGUAUCCUGUCAUUAUUACUCUUGAAGAUCAUCUCACUCCUAAACUUCAAUCUAAAGUAGCCAAGAUGAUAACUCAAACAUUUGGAGAUAUGCUGUAUUACCAUGACUCUGAAAGCUGCAAAGAGUUUCCUUCUCCAGAAGAGUUGAAGGGAAAGAUUCUCAUAUCAACAAAACCUCCAAAGGAGUACUUAGAAGCUAACGAUGCCAAGGAGAAAGAUAAUGGAGAGAAAGGCAAAGAUUCAGAUGAGGAUGUAUGGGGCAAGGAGCCUGAAGAACUUAUUUCUACGCGGUCUGAACUCGAGAAGGUCGCAACUAAUAUAAGUUACAUCAGUCAAGAUGAUGAGGAUAGAGGUUCUCGUGAUUUUGAUGCGUCAUGCCCAUUACAAGCACCAGAAUACAAACGCCUUAUUGCCAUCCAUGCCGGGAAGCCAAAGGGCGGUUUAAGGAUGGCUUUGAAGGUUGAUCCAAACAAAAUCAGGAGGCUUAGCUUGAGUGAGCAAUUACUUGAGAAAGCUGUUGCAUCAUAUGGUGCUGAUGUAAUAAGAUUCACACAGAAGAAUUUUCUGAGGAUAUACCCAAAAGGCACAAGGUUUAACUCUUCAAACUAUAAACCACAGGUUGGUUGGAUGAGUGGAGCUCAAAUGAUUGCUUUCAACAUGCAGGGGUAUGGAAGAGCAUUGUGGCUGAUGCAAGGAAUGUUUCGAGCGAAUGGAGGUUGCGGUUAUGUCAAGAAACCAGAUUUUCUAAUGAAUGUAGGUCCUAAUGGACAAGUUUUUGAUCCCAACGAGAACUCCUCUCCAAAGAAAACUUUAAAGGUGAAAGUUCUUAUGGGAGAUGGAUGGCACCUUGACUUUAAAAAAACUCACUUUGAUCUCUACUCUCCACCAGACUUCUACGUUAGAGUGGGUAUUUCUGGAGCGCCUGCUGAUGAGACGAUGGAGAAAACAGAAGUAAAGUAUGAUACGUGGACACCCAUAUGGAACCAGGAGUUCACAUUCAAGUUAACUGUUCCUGAACUUGCUCUGCUCCGUGUUGAAGUGCAUGAGUAUGAUGCAAAUGAAAAAGACGAUUUUGGAGGUCAGACUUGUUUACCAGUGUCUGAGUUAAGACAAGGCAUACGAGCUGUUCCACUCUUCAACCGAAAGGGAGUGAAAUACAGCUGCACACGGCUUCUUAUGCGCUUCGACUUUGUCUGAAGACGACCAUUUUUGGUUCUUGUAUCCUUCUAGAUUCAUGUAUCUUCUCUUGUUUAGUUGAUAUGUUCUGAGAAAUAUAUAGAUCUUUUCAUUCUUUUAAAUAUCUUACCAGUUUCUUGGGAUAUGAAGUUUUAAACCAAUAAGAACCAAAGACUAAGAACU